UUUUGGAAGGCUGAACAAGCCCAAUGUUACGUUUAAACUACCACUCUGACCUAUUUGUAAUCCGUGAUUGUAAAAUUUCAAAUUUAUAACCUUAGCAAAUUAGCGGUAGAAUUAGCUGAACAUUUGUUUUUGUGUAAUGAGACGUAGUCUAGCGCCGAGCCAAAUCGGCAAAGCCGACGUGACACAUUCCACACCAUUUUCACAAACUGUUUCCGCUAAAAGAACUCGGCAACAUUCCAGCGACAAAGCGAAUGUAAAAUUGCGCAAGCCGCUAUCCGCGGUGAAUACCACGGAGGUUAUCUUCUUGUCGAACCACGAGGACAUCAUUAAAAAAUUAUCCAAACCUUUCAAAUGUCCAAUUCCUAAUUAUGAAGGGAUCGCAACGACAAAAAAUCUGGGCAUCCGUCGGUCGCAACCGAAAAGAGCGCUGUACGAUCCCAACAUACCGAACGCUUUAGUUUUAUAUACGCCACCGCCCCAAACUGAGCACGACAAACUCAAAUCUGAUAAGAAUAUUUUGGUCCAUGUAGUGGUAGAUCCAGCGUUAGGCAACAUACUGCGGCCUCAUCAAAGAGAAGGAGUGAAAUUUAUGUACGAUUGUGUGACCGGCGUGCAAAUCCCUGAUUCAUAUGGGUGCAUCAUGGCGGAUGAGAUGGGACUCGGUAAAACUUUGCAAUGCAUCACGUUAUUGUGGACCUUGGUGAGGCAGGGCCCGGAGGCAAAGCCCCUGAUAACCAAAGGUAUCAUAGUGUGUCCGAGCUCGCUCGUGAAAAACUGGUUCAACGAGAUCAACAAAUGGCUCAACGGGCGUUUGCCUGCGGUCACCAUAGACGGCGGGCCUGAGGUGAAGAAAAAACUCACCCAGUUCAUGCAGAGCCAGGGUCGGACUGCGAUACCGGUCUUGAUAAUAUCGUACGAAACCUUUAGGAUGCACGCGGAUAUUUUACACAGCAGCGAAAUAGGACUAGUGUUGUGCGACGAAGGUCACAGAUUAAAAAAUUGUGAGAAUCAAACGUACCGCGCCCUGAUGGGGUUGAAGGCGAAACGGAGGGUGCUGUUGAGCGGCACCCCCAUCCAAAAUGAUCUGCUGGAGUAUUUCAGUCUUAUCCAUUUCGUGAACGAAGGUUUGCUCGGUAGCGCCUCGGAGUUUAAGAGAAAGUACGAGAGUUACAUACUGAAGGGGCAAGACUCGAUGGCUACCGUUGAGGAGCGAAAAAGGGCCAUCGAACGAAUCCAAGAACUAACCAAUAUAGUCAAUAAGUGCUUGAUUAGACGCACCUCGGCUUUACUAACCAAAUAUUUACCGGUUAAGUUCGAAAUGAUUGUCGUGUGCCAGCUCACGCCUUACCAGAAGCAGCUCUACUUGAACUACAUCAACUCGGAGGCGGUCAAAAGGACCGUGUUGGGAAACGCCGACGUCGGCAAAAGCGGAAUGAGCUCCCUAGCCAGCAUCACCACGCUGAAGAAGCUUUGCAACCAUCCCGAUUUGAUACUCGACAAAAUCGAGGAGGGUGGCGAAGGUUUCGAGAAGUCCCUCAAUAUUUUAAACGCUAAAAAGAGCGACAGCGACGUCCGUCCCGAACUCUCCUCGAAACUGAUCGUGCUCGACUAUUUUUUGGCGAAUUUAAAGGCCAACAGCGACGACAAGGUCGUCAUAGUGUCCAACUGGACGCAGACCUUGGAUUUGUUCGAGAAACUGUGGAAACGGAGGGGUUAUCAGUACGUCAGACUCGACGGCACCAUGAGCAUUAAAAAACGUGCCAAAGUGGUGGAAAAUUUCAACAGAAGCGACUCUACCGAGUUUAUUUUCAUGCUCAGCUCCAAGGCUGGCGGUUGCGGUCUCAACUUGAUAGGCGCCAAUCGCUUGGUGAUGUAUGACCCGGAUUGGAACCCGGCCAACGACGACCAAGCGAUGGCGCGAGUCUGGAGGGACGGACAACAGAAACCGUGUUACAUUUACAGAUUUUUGACGGCUGGUACCAUCGAGGAGAAGAUAUUUCAACGGCAAGCCCACAAAAAAGCACUGAGCUCGACCAUAGUGGACAUGAAUGAAGAGACCGCCCGUCACUUCAGCGUGGCAGAGCUGAGGGACCUGUUCCGAUUAGAGGAGACAGAGUCCGAUACACACACGAAGCUGAAGUGCAAGAGCUGCUUCAAUAAAAUCGCCAUUAAAAAUCCGCCCGAAGACGCUGACUGCACAUCGGACUUGUCGCAGUGGUACCACUGCUGGGACAAGAAAGGGUUGGCAGACAUGGUACUGAAGCAGAUUUGGGACCUGACGAAGUACAUUUCGUUCGUUUUCCAUCAAAAGUCAGCGUGUCAGGAGGUGAAGCCAAAAAGCUUUGAGGAGGAAGAUCCGGAUUAUGAAGAAAAAGAUGAUGAAAACGAUUCCGACUAUUCCGAAUAAGUUAUGAUUUUAUAUUCUUAUGUUCUUUGAGGAGUUCCCUAUAGUUUUGUAUUAAGGUCCUGUGAUAGUAAGAAAUAUAUAUUUUUGAAUA